CCCCCAUGCUUCAUAAUAAUGUAAUAUAGUCUCAAACCUAAGCUCCAUCAGACAAAGAAACAAACAGUUUGCCUUCCAUUUUCUCUCUGUACAAACCCCUCAAACCAUGGCUCCAAACACGAAAACCCAUCUGGGUCUGACCCAUUUCCUCCUCUUCUUCCUCUCCAUCCUCACGAUCCCUUCGCUUUUGCUCUCUGACUCCGUCCCCACAGUCUACGAAAUCCUCCCACAAUUCGGGCUCCCGAGCGGGCUCUUACCCGACUCGGUCGUCAACUACACCUUCUCCUCCUCCUCCGACGGCCGGUUCGUCGUCUUCUUGGCCAAUCCCUGCUACGUGCAGUUCGAGUACUUGGUCUAUUACGACAAGACCAUCACCGGCAAGCUCAGCUACGGGUCCAUCACCGGCCUCAAGGGCAUCCAGGUCCAGAGGUUCUUCCUGUGGCUUGACGUGGACGAGAUCCGGGUCGAUUUGCCCCCCUCCGAUAGCAUAUACUUCCAGGUUGGGUUCAUCAACAAGAAGCUCGAUCUGGGUCAGUUCAAGACCGUCCAUUCUUGCCGCGACAAGGUCACUGGGACUUGCGCCAAACGGAUUUUUGAGCUCCCAACUCCUGUGAAGGAAAUUGAGAUGCUAAUUACCGAGUAGACGUGGGGACGUCAAGAGUACUUGUAUUGUAUGGUAGUGUGGUACCGAAAGUUGUUAUGCAAUUAUCAGCGUUCCAGUGCCAGAGGAUAUUUCAGACUCACAAAUCGUUUGUCUGGUAGAGUCAUAUCUAAACAAGAUUGCAUAUACCGUGUACAUACUGGACGAGAUGUAAUCAUGUUUUAGUUUGAAAUGCAUCCCUAUUUCCUCUGUUUGAAGUUGUACUGUACUAAAAUAUCAUAUUGGGGGAAGUACCCCAUCAAUGUAUUAGAUGAAUGAGAAUUAAGAAAUUAGACCAAGUUGUGAAAACCAUGUUCCUGCCAGUUUGUCCUUUUAAUUGUCACAUAUUGGAACUUGUUAGGUACAUUUUUACUAUUCUUUUUCA